UAGCCAGUUGGAAGCGUCUGGUCGCGCUGGCUCAUACUGAAUCUGGACACAGAGGGAACCACACCUCGGGCUCGCGGCGGACCACACUCCUCAGAUCCCUUCAAUAUGUUCAUUGGUGUAACUUCUAGUGGAGACAACGUAAACUCACACUACGAUUAUCUCAUUUGAAGCACGGAUAGGUACCUACUGAAACAUAAUAUUUACUGUGAUCAUGGCGUUAGAUUUUAUAGCAGGAUGCAUCGGAGGAUGUGCCGGUAUCCUGGCAGGCCACCCGCUGGACACCCUGAAAGUCCACGUCCAGUCGGGGCGAGGCAGCGCGCUAGAAUGUGCUAGAACCCUCCUGAAGGGAGGAACAUUGUCGUCCGCGUACCGCGGGGUGCGCGCGCCGCUCGGGGGCGUGGCCGGCGUCAACGCGGUCGUGUUCGGCGCGUACGCCAACACGCGGCGCGCGCUGCCGGCGCCGGACGCGCUCGCCACGCACGCGCAGGCGGGCGCCGCCGCCGGCCUGCUGCAGAGCUUCAUCUGCUCGCCCGUGGAGCUGGUGAAGACGCGGCAGCAGUUGGGCGCCGCCAUGCCGCGCGGCGCGUGGGCCGGCGCGCGCCACGUCCUCCGCACCGGCGGCGUCCGUGCCCUGUACCGCGGGCUCGGCGUCACCAUCGCGCGCGACAGCCCCGCCUUCGCCAUCUACUUCUCGAGCUACGAGGCGAUGACGCGCUCGGACCAGUCCAUGAGCACGGUGUUCGUGGCCGGGGGCGUGGCCGGCAUGUUGUCCUGGGUGCUGUUGUACCCGAUAGACGUGGUGAAGUCGCGGCUGCAGGGGGACAGCACGGGGCGGUACGCGGGCGCGUGGGACUGCGCGGUGCGCUCGGUGCGGGCGGACGGUUGGCGCGUGCUGGGCCGCGGGCUGGGUGCGGUCACGCUGCGCGCCUUCAUCAGCAACGGCGCGUGCUUCACGGCGGUGGCGUGGACGGAGCGCGCGGCGGCGGCGGCGGCGGAGGCGGCGGAGCGCGGGGCGGGCGCGGGGCUGCGGCGGCGCGCGGCGGCGGCGUGGGGCGACGCCUCGCUGGCGUGGGGCGACGUCAUGCAGGACGCGCCUGACCGCUACUACGACGUCUGACGGGAUAAAGGUCGCCGCGUGAACACACUCAUUGUUAUUCCCCACUAUCACAUGUUUUGGUUAACAACCAAGCGAUAACACCUAAAUAGAUAAUUCGCCUUUCCUACCUACCUACGUUGGGAAAAGAAAGCGGGAUACUUACAAAUUAAGACAAUGUAAAUAUCAAGUAAGAAAGUUUUUAAAUAUAUUUUAUACCUACACGAUAAACUACCACAUAAGCUACUUAUUUAGUAAGUACUUAAUUUACUUGUAUAUUUUACUGAAGAAUGACUCUCCUAUCUAUCGUAUGUGUACAUAAAUAGGUCAGAUUUAUAUCUGAGGUUAAGCUGCUCAUUUUACCAGAAAAUAAAUUAUUACUACAGAAAUGA